UAAUUAAAAAAGUUAAUUAUCAUAAUUAUGUUAAAGCAGCUCUAUGCUCAGAAUAUAAUGUAAAACUAUUCAAGUAUAGAUUAUAGCUAAGUUGAAAAGAAUUAAAGAAAAUGCUAAACGUAAAUGGAUUCAAAUGAUGAGGAGGAGUAUUCAAAUGAAGAAGGGUAUUAUGGGAGAAUAUAAAAUAACAGUAGAAAGAAGAGUAAAAUUAGCUACAACCUUAAAAAAAAGUUUUUAGAUGAAGAAAAAGAAUCUAAUGACGAAACAGAUUUUCAUUUACCCUAGCUAAAGGAUAAUAGAUAUUACAAUUCACUACAAAAUGAGUAGAGAUAUAAAAGGAAUAAAUCCGUCUAACCACGCAAUUAAUAUUAACCAAUUGAUUAAAAAGAAAAGUUAAUUGUUAAAAACACUUAGUUUGAAGAGUAAGUAUCCUAAUACAUUCCUCAUCGAAAUCAUUAAAAAUCUUUUGAUAAUUAUUAAUAUUUCAAAGAAUAUUAUAAUGAUGAAGAACCCUAACCAAUAAGUACUAAAAAACCAAAAACAAGGUAAGUCUCUUUUUAUGAUAACAACUAAAGUGCACCUUAAAUGAAUUUAAAAUCUAUAAAUCCUAUAAAAUCAAAAUCUUAAAUCGCAUCUCCUUUUAUAAACUAAAAUAAUUAAAAUUAUUUAAUAUUAUAAGAAUAAUAUCGAAACAGUAUAGAUAGUCUUUAAUAGAUAAAGAUUAAUUAACUUAAACAAAGAUAGUUGGAAAGGAAUUCCUAGAAUAUUGAAGAGCUAGAAGAAAAAAAAAAUUAUGAGUUUAAUAAUAAUAAUAAAAUGAAUUUUAACUAAUAAGAAUAAUAAUUUAAUGAUGACUCUAGUGAAACUAUUAAUUAUUCAUAAUUUGAAGAAAAAAAAUAAGGAAGCAUUAUGAAAAUUAUUAAUGACUUUAGUGAGAUUGAAUUAAAACCAAACCAACGAAAACCAAUCACCACUUCUAUUUUGGAAAAAAAUUCAAAUUUGAAUAAAAUAGAAUAUAAAUCACCUUAAUUAUCUCAUCUCAAAUAAAGAUCUUUGAUAAACAAUCCAAUAAUAGAAAUUUCAGCAACAGAUUCACUAAAAGCUAUCUAAACUAGCAGUUAAGAUGAAAAAUCAUAUAUUUUCAAAGAUCAGCCAAAGCGCUAAUCAAUUAAUUAAAAUAGAAUAGAGUUUUAGAGAUAACAGAACCUUGAUAAAUUAAAUAAUAUUUAACUAAGAAAUAGAUAGUAAAGGGAACUAGCUUCUUAGCUUGUAUCAUCUCCAUAAAAAAUUUCAUUUGAAAUUCCUGAAACCAACAAAUCAUCAAUAGUAGCAAAUUUUAAUAUUUUAUAAUCAAGAAGAGAAUAGUCUUCAGCUUAUUAAUAAUAUCAUAAGUAAGAGUAUUCAAAUUAAAGGAAUUAUACUCCAAUUAAAAAACCAAGCAAAACAUUUAAUUAAAGUCCAAAUUAAUAUCAACCAAUUAGCGAUUACUCUAUAAUAAAAAAACUAGAAUAAAGCUCUCCUGUACUUAAAUAGCUGAAGCAAUUAGAUAAGCAUUUUGAAUAAGAAUAGAAAGAAAAUCAAGAUCUUAUAAGUAAAAUGAAUGAAUGGUAUUUGCUUGAAAUGGAAGAAAAAGACUUGGUAAAUAAGUCUUAGAAGCCAGUAAAAUAAUAGUCUAAAUCACCAGCAUAAAUCAUAAAUAAACAAUAUAGGAUUAAUCACCUAGCUAAUUUUUCAAAUAUAAAUAAAAUUCAAAAAAGGAAGUCAUCCAGAGAAGCAUUAUAGUUAGAUAUCCCAAAAAAAGAACAAAAAGAAUUAGAGAGCAUUCUGCAGCAAUUAAAGUCUUAUUCUAAAAUUAUGAAAAAAUAAAAAAAAUUUUUAAAAAACUAAGAAAACUUGGAUUGA